CUGCGCGAAUCAGCCUGUGAUCGCACCAGCCGCGUGUCCAUGGGAGAGUUCAACUGUAGAAGUCUUUCCGCACUUUGGGAAGCGGAGAGCACGGGAUGUUUUCCGCCGUCCCGUUCCGCAAAGUAACUUCAAAUCUCGCGCGACGUGGAGGAGGAGGGAGAGGAGGGAUCGACAGCUGCAACAUGGCGGCCGAUCUACUGUGUUAUGAACAGAGUCAUCUUAAAAUGUGAAGGGAGCGACCUGACUGCGCUAGGGGAGUCUUUAAACAGGGUGGAAAAAUAUCCAGUUGUCUGUGAAGGAGGAAUUUCAGAUUUUUAAAAAAUGAGUGGUGGAUUGGCACCAAGCAAAAGCACAGUAUAUGUAUCUAACUUGCCAUUUUCACUGACGAACAGUGAUCUGCACAAGAUUUUUUCCAAGUAUGGCACAGUGGUCAAAGUUACAGUAUUGAGGGAUAAAGAUUCCAGAAAAAGUAAAGGUGUGGCAUUUGUUCUGUUUCUGGAUAGAGAAUCAGCAUAUAACUGUACCAGGGCACUUAACAACAAGCAAUUGUUUGGCAGAACAGUGAAAGCAAGUAUUGCAGUUGACAAUGGAAGAGCGUCUGAAUUCAUAAGACGGCGCAAUUACACAGACAAAUCUAGAUGUUAUGAAUGUGGUGAUUAUGGCCAUUUGAGUUAUGCAUGCCCAAAAAAUAUGCUUGGAGAGCGAGAACCUCCUAAAAAGAAGGAGAAAAAGAAAAAGAAAAAGAUCAGUGAGCCAGAAGAAAUUGAGGAUGAGGAGCAGCAGGAAGAAAGUGAAGACGAAGGAGAAGACCCUGCCCUUGAAAGCCUGAGUCAAGCUAUUGCUUUUCAGCAAGCAAAAAUUGAGGCGGAAGAGCUUAGACGUAAACAGACUGCUGGUGAUGCAAGUGAAUGUUCAACAUCUGAACUGUCGAAACGUCCACGAAUAAAAAAGAGUGCAUAUUUCAGUGAUGAAGAGGAGCUGAGUGAUUAAUUUUUUUGUAACAACAAGGAGUAUACAUGUGUAAUGGAGAUUUGGUGUUUGAAAAUAAAAUUCCAGAUUAUUUUA